AUGGCCCCGAUUGGUAUCGCCAUUAUUGGCAGCGGCAUAUUUGUCAAGGAGCAGCACAUUCCUGCCAUUCUCCAGUGCGAGCUCCUCUCCCUCAAAGCCAUCUUCUCCCGCUCCCUCCACUCCGCCUCCGCCGCUGCCGCUGCCCUGCCGCCCUCCGCGUCCCCGCCGGACCUGUACGCUGAAGACGCCGGCCCUGGCCGCGCCCUCGCCGACGUGCUGGCCCGCGCCGACAUCACCGCCGUCAUCGUCGCACUGCCCAUCCCCGCGCAGCCCGCCUAUGUGCGCGCCGCCCUGGCCGCCGGCAAGCACGUGCUCGCCGAGAAGCCCAUUGCCCCAGACGUGGCCGCCGCGCGGGCCCUCAUCGCCUACAGCACGAGUGACGCCGUGACGCGCGCUGGCGGCGCGGCGGCGGCGGCGGCGGCACCCACGCUCUCCAUCGCUGAGAACCAGCGAUUCUUUCCGCGCUUCACGUUUGCGCUGCAAGAAGCUGCCGCCGCCGCUGCUGCUGCUGGGGAACGGGACUUGGGCAGGGUGACGCAUUUCUCGGUGCGGGUCAGCGAUAUGGUAGGCACGGACGGCAAGUACUACAAGACAGCGUGGAGGCAGGCUCCGUCGUACCAGGGCGGUUUUCUGCUCGACGGCGGUGUGCACUUUGCGGCCGGGGCGCGCAUGCUGCUCUUGCUAGCGACGAACGCGGGUUUAGGCCGCACCGAUGCAUCGUCGACGGUGCGGGCGGAUUCACGGCCGGCAAGGGUCAGCGCGCGCACGGCGCUGGUGCGAGAGCACCUGCCGCCGGUAGACAGCGUCGCGGCGCUGGUAACAACGCGGGGCGGCGCGACGGGCACGUAUCAGCACAGCGUGGGGUCGACCAUCUCGGCGUACGAGUUUGAGGUGGCGUACGAGCACGGGAGCGUGCGCGUGCGCGAGGGCACGGUGACGGUCGAGUUGAGCGGCCGCGAGCCGGUGAGCAGGACGUUUGAAAGGGCGAGCGGCGUGCCCGAGGAGGUGGCGGCGUGGGCGGCGGGAUUGCGAGAUGGGAGGCCGGAUCCGGCACAGUCGCCCGAGGAGGCGCUCGCGGAUUUGGAAUUUAUUGAAAAGAUGAUUCAGAGCGGUGAGCAGGAUGGAAAGUGGCUUGAUUACGAAUUCCAGUGA